AUGGUCCUACUAAGCAACAGUGCGUUUAUUGAACAGUUGAAUAAACUAUGUGGAGAAGAAUAUGAGAAAAAAAAAACAUCCAUUUGGAUUACCAUGAAAAAAGUCAAACGAAGCAUCGUGAAAAAUAUCAUCCCAAGAAAGGAAAACUCAGAAAAGAAAAACAAAAGGACAAAUAAAGAUGACAAUAAAUGUAAUAAGAAAUAUGUAUGUUUGGUUAGAGCAACUGAUGGCAAAAAAAAAAUUUCAACGCAUGUAUAUGAUAAUGUUAUUAAUUUUUCGCAUGAAUUAAACAACAUCAUGAAGAUUUAA